AACCCUGCGGCCAGUUUCCUGCAAUCAUCAGCCCCACGCCACCGCAAUGAGUGAGAGAUCCUCCAAAAUUAGAAAACCUAAAUCCCCAAAUCGAAAUGCCAUUGCCCAAUUCUCAAUGGCGCGAAAAUCUUCUCUUCUCAAACAAACCAUAGUUUUGUCUGCUUUCUCCAUCCUCGCCAUCUACGCCCUCUUAAAUACCUUCUUCAAUCCCACCAUCUUCCCUUCCUCCUUAUUCGCCGAACACCAUUCACGAGACAACUUUGGUUUUCCCGGCGAAGUGGCUAAAAGUGAUGUCAAUAAGGUUAAGAUUUUCAUGUACGAUCUCCCGAAAAAGUUCACUACGGGCAUAAUCGAGCAACACGCGCUAGCGCGUGGGUCUAAAGAUGCGUCGCAGGCUAAGUACCCCGGCCACCAGCACAUGGGGGAAUGGCACUUGUUCUCGGAUCUGAACCGGCCCGAACGAGAUAGAAUCGGUUCACCCUUAAUCAAAGUCGAUGAUCCUGACGAAGCUGACUUGUUUUAUGUUCCUGUAUUUUCAUCUCUGAGUUUGAUAGUGAACCCGAUUCGACCGGCUGGAGCCGAGCCGGUUUCAGUUCCUCAGUACAGUGACGAGGACAUGCAGGAGCAGUUGGUGAAGUGGCUGGAGAAGCAGGUGUACUGGAGGAGGAAUCGUGGGAGAGAUCACGUGAUCAUAGCGGGAGAUCCAAAUGCGUUAUACCGGGUCCUAGACAAGGUCAAGAGCGCAAUUCUGUUAUUAUCGGAUUUUGGACGAGUUCGACCCGACCAGGGUUCGCUGGUGAAGGAUGUGAUCAUACCUUACGCUCAUAGAAUCAAUACUUAUAAUGGGGAUAUUGGCGUUAAGGAUCGGAAAACGCUAUUGUUUUUUAUGGGAAAUCGAUAUCGUAAAGACGGAGGCAAAAUUCGUGAUUUGCUUUUUCAAAUGUUGGAAAAUGAAGAGGAUGUCAUAAUAAAACAUGGAACACAAUCUAGGGAGAGUAGACGUGCAGCUUCACGAGGCAUGCAUACCUCAAAAUUUUGUUUGAAUCCUGCUGGUGAUACUCCAUCAGCUUGCCGACUCUUUGACGCUAUUGUUAGCUUGUGUGUUCCAGUCAUAGUCAGUGAUGGCAUUGAGCUACCUUUUGAAUAUAAUAUAGACUACACAAAGAUUGCAAUCUUUGUGGGAACAACAGCUUCUCUAAAGCCAGGAUAUUUAGUUAAAAUGCUAAGAAAAAUAACAACAAAAAGGAUUCUGGAAUAUCAGAAAGAGCUGAAAGAGGUGAGACGAUGCUUUGAUUAUGGCAAUUCAAAUGUAACUGUGAAUGAAAUAUGGCGUGAAGUUGCACAUAAGCUACCCCUUGUAAAAUUAAUGAUUAAUCGUGACAAAAGGCUGGUCAAGAGGGAGUCGAGCGAACCAGAAUGUUCUUGUUUGUGUACAAAUCAAAGUGGGAUUAUCACCUCCGUAUGAUGCCUGCUUUGUUACUUUGGAAGUUGAUAUAUUUGGGGAUCCAAUGUACUCUCUCCACAUAUCUGAGCGUGGCUAGCUCUUGAAGAAGCAGAAAUUACUGCAUGCUUCUUAUUUGACAGGAUACAGUAGAGGCUCGAGCUCCUUUGGUAGGUGGUUUUAGUCACCCACCCCGUGUCAUGGAAUAGUCUCGACAAGGUUUCUUGCGUACUUUGUUGUAGAUUUCCAUUUUUAUAUCCCAUAAGCUCUCUUAUAUUUUGUAUGCUAUAAAGCACAUAAUCAGCAGCUGCAAAAUCCAAUUACUUUUUCACUGUGAUUCAUUUGUACAUGUUAGAAAAAUAAAUUUAUCUAUGAGUUAUUAUUUUAUUUAA